AGGGCUGCGCGCGGAACCCGGCGCCUGUGUCCGCGUCUCAUGAAUAUGCACGAGCCGCCUCCCUCCCUCCGUGACGUCACGGGCCGUCCCGGGGUGAGCGCCGGAGCCGCUCGGGGUCCGCGCCAGUGAGCGCGGCUGCUACCGGCGAGCUAGCGAGCGAGCAAGCGAGCGGCGCGGCGGAGGGCGGCGGAAGCCGGGUGAGGCGGCGGCAGCGCCCAGAGCGCACCGGGCGGCACAGCGCGGCGGACACCGGGAAGCGAGAGCCGGCGUGGGCCGUGGGCGGCGGCGGCGGCGAGGAUGCUGCCUGGGCGGCUGUGCUGGGUGCCGCUCCUGCUGGCGCUGGGCGUGGGGAGCGGCAGUGGCGGCGGCGGUGCGGACAGCCGGCGGCGCCGCCUCCUCGCGGCUAAAGUCAACAAGCACAAGCCAUGGAUUGAGACCUCCUAUCACGGGGUCAUAACUGAGAACAACGACACAGUCAUUUUGGACCCACCCCUGGUAGCCCUGGAUAAAGACGCACCGGUUCCUUUUGCAGGGGAGAUCUGCGCAUUCAAGAUCCACGGCCAGGAGCUGCCCUUUGAGGCCGUGGUACUCAACAAGACAUCUGGGGAGGGCCGGCUGCGAGCCAAGAGCCCCAUUGACUGUGAACUGCAGAAGGAGUACACGUUCAUCAUCCAGGCCUACGACUGCGGCGCUGGGCCCCGAGAGACGGCCUGGAAGAAGUCACACAAGGCCGUGGUCCAUAUCCAGGUGAAGGAUGUCAAUGAAUUUGCCCCUGCCUUCAAAGAGCCUGCCUAUAAAGCUGUCGUGACGGAGGGCAAGAUCUAUGACAGCAUCCUGCAGGUGGAGGCUGUCGACGAGGACUGCUCCCCUCAGUACAGCCAGAUUUGCAACUAUGAAAUCGUCACGACAGACGUGCCUUUCGCCAUCGACAGAAAUGGCAACAUCAGGAACACCGAGAAGCUGAGCUACGACAAGCAACACCAGUAUGAGAUCCUGGUGACCGCCUACGACUGUGGACAGAAACCUGCUGCACAGGACACGCUGGUGCAGGUGGACGUGAAGCCAGUGUGCAAGCCUGGCUGGCAAGACUGGGCCAAAAGGAUUGAGUACCAGCCCGGCUCGGGGAGUAUGGCCUUGUUCCCCAGCAUCCACCUGGAGACGUGCGAUGGAGCCGUGUCCUCCCUGCAGGUCACCGCGGAGCUGCAGACCAACUACAUCGGGAAGGGCUGCGACCGGGAGACCUACUCGGAGAAGUCCCUUCAAAAGCUCUGUGGAGCCUCCUCCGGCAUCAUCGACCUCCUGCCAUCCCCCAGUGCUGCCACCAACUGGACCGCAGGACUGCUGGUGGACAGCAGCGAGAUGAUCUUCAAGUUUGAUGGCCGGCAGGGCGCCAAGAUCCCUGAUGGGAUUGUGCCCAAGAACCUGACGGAUCAGUUCACCAUCACCAUGUGGAUGAGACAUGGCCCUAGCCCCGGUGUGAGAGCCGAGAAGGAAACCAUCCUCUGCAACUCAGAUAAGACCGAAAUGAACCGGCACCACUACGCCCUGUACGUGCACAACUGCCGCCUCGUCUUCCUCUUGCGCAAGGACUUCGACCAGGCCGACACCUUUCGCCCUGCAGAGUUCCACUGGAAGCUGGACCAGAUUUGUGACAAAGAGUGGCAUUACUAUGUCAUCAAUGUCGAGUUUCCUGUGGUCACCUUAUACAUGGACGGAGCAACAUAUGAACCAUACCUGGUGACCAACGACUGGCCCAUUCAUCCAUCCCACAUAGCCAUGCAGCUUACAGUCGGUGCUUGUUGGCAAGGAGGAGAAGUUGCCAAACCCCGCUUUGCUCAAUUCUUCCACGGUAGCCUGGCUAGUCUCACCAUCCGUCCCGGCAAAAUGGAAAGCCAGAAGGUGAUAUCAUGCUUGCAGGCCUGCAAGGAAGGGCUGGAUAUUAACUCCUUGGAAAGCCUUGGCCAAGGAAUAAAGUAUCACUUCAACCCCUCGCAGUCUAUCCUGGUGAUGGAAGGCGAUGACAUCGGGAACAUCAACCGCGCACUCCAGAAGGUCUCCUACAUCAACUCCAGGCAGUUCCCCACGGCCGGGGUGCGGCGCCUUAGAGUCUCUUCCAAAGUCCAGUGCUUUGGGGAAGACGUGUGCAUCAGCAUCCCUGACGUGGACGCCUACGUGAUGGUCCUGCAGGCCAUGGAGCCCCAGAUCACCCUACGGGGCACGGAACGCUUCUGGAGACCGGCCUCUCAGUUUGAAAGUGCCAGGGGAGUGAUCCUCUUCCCCGACAUCAAGAUCGUGAGCACAUUCGCCAAGGCCGAGGCCCCCGGGGAUGUGAAAACCACAGCCCCCAAAUCAGCAGUCUUAGAUGAAAUGCUUCACAACUUGGACUUUUGUGACAUUCUGGUGCUUGGAGGGGAUUUGGACCCAAGACAGGAGUGUUUGGAGCUCAACCACAGUGAACUCCACCAACGACACCUGGAUGCCACUAAUUCUACUGCAGGCUACUCCAUCUAUGGUGUGGGAUCCAUGAGCCGCUAUGAGCAGGUCUUGCGACACAUCCGCUACCGCAACUGGCACCCAACUUCUCUUGACGCAAGGCGGUUCCGGGUCAAGUGCUCAGAACUCAAUGGGCGCUACACCAGCAAUGAGUUCAAUUUGGAGGUCAGUGUGCUCCGCGAAGUCAGGCUCUCGGACAAGGAGCACGUGAACCACCUGAUUGUGCAGCCUCCCUUCCUCCAGUCCGUCCAUCACCCCGAGACCCGGAGCAGUAUCCAGCGUAGCUCAGUGGUCCCAAGCAUCGCCACGGUGGUCAUCAUCAUCUCCGUGUGCAUGCUCGUGUUUGUUGUGGCUAUGGGCGUGUACAGGAUCCGGAUCGCCCACCAGCACUUCGUCCAGGAGACUGAGGCUGCCAAGGAGGCCGAGAUGGAUUGGGACGACUCUGCACUGACGAUCACGGUCAACCCCAUGGAGAAACAUGAAGACCCAGGGCGUGGGGAAGAGGAGACCGAGGGAGAGGAGGAGGAGGAGGCGGAGGAAGACGGAAGCUCCAGCAGCAGCGACUCCGAUGACAGCGAAGAGGAGGAGGAGGAGGAAGGGAUGGGCAGAGGCAGACACGGGCAGAGUGGAGCCAGGCAGGGCCAGCUGGAGUGGGACGACUCCACCCUGUCCUACUAGCCAGCGCCCUUGGGCAGAGCCGCCCAGCCCGCACCUCCCUUUUGUAAACCCCGACCCGAUGUUUGCCCGAGCCUAUCACCCCUGGCCUCUGAUGUCUGUGACAGGUCUGGGGAGCCUUCUCUGGCUUCCUGGAGCCUGCCCUGUAUGCCUUGGGCACUCCCUGUGUCCCAGCCAUGAGGCAGUUCCAGCGUCCUCCUCGGUGGGGACUGCAGCAUGGACUUUGUCCUGCGGUCUCCACCUCCCCGGCGUCCUGCCAGCCAGUCUGCCGAGCUCUGCCUUUGCUCUUUCUGCGGGGGAGAGGAGCCGCCUUGAUGUCACUCAUCUCCCCCAGCUCGGGGUUCCCAAGCUCUCUGGGUUCUAAGUCACUGUGCGUGCACCUGCACUGUCUCCCUCACAGAGCAGCAGGUCCUCCUUACGUGGUCUCUCCACGUUGCUUUAUACCUGGAGGGGGGUUCAACUUCACACACUGAGGUCUUAACACUUGGAAGGAAAGUCCCUGUGGAGGGAGAAUGAAGACUCCAGGGAAAUGUACACAGGCCCCAGCUUGCAGAGGCUCGCCCCUUGCUUCUCUCUGAGGCCACAGAAGCUGAUAGGAGAAGUCCCAAACUAAGCAUGGGUCACUGGCUCGAGCAGGGCCUCAUCCUCAGCCAAAGUCGCCUGUCUGCCUGGGCAGUGGGCACUGAGUCCUGCGUGGCUGCCCUGCCAAGGGCCUUCCCCUAUGAAACCACAGGGCCCAAGGAGCAGGCCACACAGGCGCCGUCCUGAGACAGCAAGGAAGCAGGGGGAAGGGCUGAACAGGUGAUUGCCGGGUUCCAGGGAGGCUGCAGACCUGAGAUGUGGUUACGGUGGCUGGGGUCCCCCAGGACAGAGGGGUCCCAAAGGUGGUGAGGGUUUCACCACUGAGCCUCUCGGUCCCUCACCUCCAGCUUCCCUGUCUGCAUCCCUCUAGGCUGUACUAGAACAAGCAUGAACUCCAAGUGCAAAAUGAAAGCCUGGAACUCUAACUGCUGGGAGCGGGGAGUACAUUCACAAAAACAGCGGCUUCUUCUCAUAACAGGAGGAACGCUUUGGGUAGAGGGCAGAUAUCUCUGAAAACCUAAUUUCUUUCUUCCUUUCUUCUUCCUUUAAUAAGGAGAUCUUUCCCACCUGCACCCGAACGUGGACACCUCCUGGGGAGAGUUGUUGCUAUAGUAACUGCUCCGCGGUCCGUUGUGGCUGGAGAGUAACAGGCGAGAACAAAGGCCAUUGUGAGAGUUCACGAGGCUCUGAGAACCUGUUGGUCUGCAGUGUCGCGGCUCUCCUUUGUUCUCAGCAUGGCUCCGACUCCAUCUUCUGGCCCAUCCCAUGUUGGUUUAGCACAGACACAGAGCUGGACCGCAGGUGAGGGGUGUCUGUGUUCAGCAAAGGUUUACAACGUGCUCAGUCUGCUCCCUGCUCCACCGACACAGAGCCGCUGCUCUCCUCUGCUCUGAGCCCCUUCCAGGCAGCACCCACCGCUGGCCCUGGCAACCUUCUCAUUUGGGAGAACCACCCACGCGGCUUUCUCCAUCUCCUAAAUCCUUUCUUGCAUCUGUUCUCGCCUUUGAAGCUCACGAUAAUCCUGCAGAGUCGCUGGGAGUUCCUCUGUUAGACACAUUUCCACGACGAGUACACCAAGGGUCAGCGAUUCGGUGUCUUGCUCAGAUUCAUUCAAAGCCACAGACGAGCUGGGAAUCCCACCUCCCUCUCCUGGCCCAGGAUUCCAGUCGUGCUCAUGUUUAUUUAGGUUACUGCUGGGUAACCUACUAUGUGCGAGGCACUCUACCAGCAGCUGAGUAAGACAGCUCCUCCUCAUGGAGGGACAGAGGCAUGGGACUCCUAGAAGAGACAGGUGAAGGGUGGGGGAGAGGAAGGAAGAGCGAGCAGAGGUCACGUUCACAAGCCCAGCCAGAGCCUCAGGUUUCCCUUCUUGGGGAUAAGAUGGGCAGCAGCUAGGGGUUUUGUAUUCAAGGAGUGGAAACAGACACUUCUGUGAAUUAUCCCAGCCGAAGUCUCCUCCUCCUAUCAGGCUGUGUGUGCCCAUCUACAGGGAGAAAACCUGCAGGCCUGGUUAGUCCUCACAUCCCAUUAUUUCAAUAAAAAGAGAUUCUUCAGUGUGGCAUUUAAGAGCGGCUGAAUUGUCCCAAAAUUACAGCAGCAAAAUGAAUACUUUAUAUGGUUAGGGCAAUUCUUUUUGAAUUAGAUUUGAUGGGAAAUAUUUGACUCUAGUAUUCUGCCGUUUGCAGAGAUGGGGAAGGUGCCCCUCUGGCUGUUCCUUGUGGUUGCGUUACCUAUUCAUGGCUGAGCGAACCGCUGGGCAUAUUGUGAACACUUUAGAUGACUUUGGCCUUGGGUUAAGGAGGAAGCAGGUGAAAGUGCCACUUGGUUCAGUAGCACAGCAAAGGCAUUGGAGGAAGCAUUUUGGUGACAACAAAUCAGACCUCUGUUCACCAAGCCUGAUUGCAAAAGAUCACCCUGCAUGCCAGCCCCAGGGAUGAGGCAUCUGAACGCUGCUGCUGGGUCAACAGGCGUUGAUCACAUCCCCAACACCCUAUUCAUCAGCAUGGGCUAGAACCCAAUGGAAGUGGUUAUACAAAAGCAGCAGAAACUUGAGGCAGCAUCCGGGUGAGUGGCGGGUAACAGAGUUUGCCCUCCAUCCGAUAUCCCCACUCUGUAUGAAGGAUGUCAUUCGAAAGCCCAGUUUUUCCAGCCCAUGUGCUGGCAUUCAGGAACCAAGUGCCCAAAAGGCCUGGACACCCCAGGAGCACUCCCCCCACAGCAGCAGCCGGGCAGGUGCAGGCUGGGAACCCAGAAGGAGUGGCUGCAUGGGCUGGACAUAGGCUAGUCUGUUGCUUGUCCUGCCAAGUGGGUGGUCAGAGCCUACUUUUCAGAGCUCAGAAAUAGGCUGACCCCUCCUGGGUGACUCUGGUGACAGGGAAGAGGAGGCAGAAGAGGCUGAGUUGGAAAAGACCCAUCCGGGAUGAGUUGCCACAGGGGAGUAAAGCGAUCGCCCAGGUGGUGGCCGAUUUUCACACUAAACGUGAUUCCUAAUGGACUGAACCAGAUGCUCUCAGUCUGAGACCCACAUUCAUCGGGAUACCAAUAGUAGGAUUCAGUUGGGCUUCUUUUCAUUGCCCCAUCUUAAACUUGUUCCGCCAUCCUAUCCAGCAGGGUUUAGACUCCAGGAAGAGGGGUCCUGGUGGGGAGGCCGUGCCCUCCCUCCCUGAGUGCCAGAGGUCAGCUGGCUGUGUCUAUACAGAGCCGGGGAGUGAGAGUCUGGGGCUCUGUGGACCUCAGGGUCUCUGUUGCAAGGACUCCAUGUAGCUUUCCACUGUGGCGUGGAAGCUGCCACAGGCAUGACAGACACAAAUACAUGUUCCAAAUACUUUGGACACUUGUGGACACUGAUGAGGCAGGGAACCCAAAUCCAUGCCAUUUGCACAUCACAAAUAAUUUUCAUUCUUUGGACUUUCAUUUUCAACCCCUCAAAGACGUUAAAACUUUUCUCAGCCCACAGGAUGUAGGCAAAUGAGCGGAUCUGACCCCAGGGCCACAGCCCGGCCAGCCCUCCCAUAGACCACCGAGCAGUCCGCUUCCAAAGCGAACCUCGGGAAAACCCCAUAGUCCUUCACGAAGCGCUUCUUAAAAGACCGUGCUCCUGGGGGAAAACAAAAGCAAAGGAAACACCAAGCCCUUGCUGCUUCUUGAAUUGAUAAGCUCAGAGCUGCAGGCCUUGGAUCCAGGAACCCGAGUGAUCCCUGGGCGCUAACUCCACCGAGGCUGGCGCAGCCUCCCCGGGCUCGGGGCCUGCCGGUGCAGCUCAACCCAUGGCACAUUCUGAGCACAAGUGUUCAUUAUCUCGGGCUGAUUUUCAAUUCAGCCCUGCUCGUGCCGUUGCUCUAAAAAUGAUCCUAAAGACUUGUGACUGUGUGAAUCAAUAGCAACAUAAUCAGUGGAAACCCGAUGCAGCACACUUCAAAAUUAGCAGUCUGCUCGGCACAGGGAAGAAAAAAAGAGGGCUUUUUCUUAACCGUGCCCUCAUUUAAAUUAACCAAAUAGGCUUCACAAAAGAAAAAAAAUAUGGGGGAGUCUGAGUCUCUCAAAGAAUUUGCUGGUAAAAAUAGCUGAUGUUCGGGCCGCUGGGGGGUCGCUCAGCCUCCUGCAGUGCAGUCUGGCAGGCUGUGGCUGUGCAUGGUCCUGCCUGCAUUAGACAUUCAUCGAGGCUGACAAGCCAAAGCCCUGGGCACAAUUUAAUUUUCAUGUAGCCACUUUCCGCUGUCCAGCUGCAGGCAAAGGAAAUGAGCAAUGGAAGUCUGAAAGUCCACUCCAGCACCCUCAUUUCCCCGUCUUCCCUCGCCGUGCUUUCCGAGUUCAUUCUGUACCUGCUCUACCCAUCUUGACUCCAGGUCUCCUGUGGCUCCAGCUGGGGGCUGUGGAUUAGGAGCCACACUUGGUUAGUGCCAGGGAGACAACGAGGCAGCCAAUUCUGGCACCAGUGUCCCAGGGAGCAGCCGGACAGACAGGCCCCGCAUGCGGUCAGGGAACAGAUGGGAGGCCGGGUGUGCGGCCUCGCUCGGUGGGAUUUGGUGAGUCCUCACGGAGUUGGCCGGUCCUGUGCCAGGGGGCUUGGGCUGGCUGGCUGGCAAGCUGCUCCCUGCACAGGCAGUGCUGGUGCUGUUGGAGCGGUCACCAUCCUUGGGCAGACAUUUGGGAUCAGGGACGGAACAGCCACCCCUUUGGUGAUGACCCACCUGAAGUCGCAUGGCCGGUGUGAUUCUUGGGGCGUGAGGUGUUCUGGGGGGACCUCCAGGACAGUAGGCAGCGCUUUCCUAGAUGUCCCUUAAUUCUCCCUGAGCCAGACUCCAGCCCACUUACGGAGGAAAGCUCUUAUUACUGGGCAGUCACAUGGCUGACAGCUGUGACACAGGGGAGGCUCCCCACCAGAGGAAGCCCCACAGCACAAAUGACAGGUGCAUCCCGAAAGUCAGGAAGGGUCCGUGGGAGCCAAGGCCCAAAGGCAUGACCAGGCAGAAGUGCAAGAGCCCCAGAGGCUGUUCUGGGGGGGACACGCCUCUGCCCCAAAGUAGCGCUUCCCAGCAUGUGGGCUCUGCACCAGCAGCAGCAGCAAGGUCCCCUGGGAACUGGGAGGAAAGCAGGUGCGCAGGCCCCACCCCAGACCCACGGAAUCAGGAACUCGGGCUGGGCCCAGCCAGCUGUGCUGUAACAGGAGCUGCAAUUCUGAUGCCCGCUUGGCUUAAAGAACCACCGACGUGAAGGGUGGGGAGAGUGCCACAGGCAGGCCCGCGGGGGUGCUGAUACUCGCUAGCAAGGUGAACUGGUCAAGUACUAGUGCAGUGGUACCAGGGGGCCAUGGCAGAACCCUCCCCCCCCCCACCAAACUCACCCUCCUGGGACUUCCAGGCUUCAGUUCCCACCCCCCGAAGCAGUUGUCUCACGAGACCACCCCUGCCUACCCCAUUCCUUCUACCCCAGAGCCAGACUCAGCCCAGGGCAGGUUCUUGUGACUCCCCCUUCUCCACCAUCUGCCGGAUUCCUGUCCCCAAAGCAGCAAUGCCCCUGCCCCUGACCCACCAGGAGAACGGCUUUCCACAUAGCCUGGGAGACAGUGCAGCAUCCAGGGUUUGGCAGAGAGAGUGGCCCUGGUGGUCCCAGGACACUGCAUGGUCGCUGCAACACUGCCCGAUUUGUAUUGGGCCUUGGGCACAAGGUGCCCCAACUCAGACACUUCCUAGCAUGGGGACUGGAUUGGAUUGCUUUCCUUGGAAGGGUGGUACCUCGUACUGGGUGCUAUUAAAACAAACAAACAAAAAAGCAGACCUGCAGCCUUAGCCACAGUCCACAUCUGUAGGGUUAAGGCUCACACCUCACAGGCCCGGCUCCAGCAAUGCUCCUCCCCCUGUCCCACCAGGUACCGGGGGCCUGCCAGUUACCAACUCCUGGCUUGAACUCUGUGACGGCCCACAAACCUUUAGGAAGAACUCACCAGUGCUUUGUCAUGCUAACAAGCAGGAAGGAGCAGUACCUCUGCACCCCCAAGGUGCAUGACCUCAGAGGCAAGGUCCCACAGUCCUGCUUCUCACGCACCUGCUGGGUACCGGCCAGGCCAUGGACACCAUGGUUGUGUGAUGCAAGUCUGGAUCCCCAACUCCUGCCUCCCCCAGCCCUGUUAUAGGCCACCUUCCCAAGGCAAAUAAUAAUAACUUAGCACAACACCCUGGGUGCCUAGCACAGCACCUAGUCCACAGUAUAUGCUCAACAAUGUCAUCUCAGAGACCUCCACCAAUGGACUUGCUCUGAAAAAUUAAGAUGAUCCCAUGUCUGAAAGGCAAGGUCUAUCAUAAUAUCAGAUGGCAGAGGAGAGGGAACACGUGGACAGAGGACACUAUUCCUUCAGCCCAGGGUGAAAUACAGCAGGAGAGGGGCUGUCUGCAGAGGGCCACCCCCCCCCCCCUGUCAGCUGGACCCAGUGCAAGGAGCAGGGCAGAAGGCCCUGGAUGAGCCCCACUUGCUCCACUCUCUAGGUCACGGGCAGUGUCCCGGCUGCGGAGAGAAAGCCCUAGUGUGUGAAUGCUCCCAGCCCCGUGCUGCUCUCCAGUCCCUGUUAUCAGAUAUGCUGCAGAGGAGAUUCAUCAACAGGAAGCUCAACUCCCAACAGUCUAAUGAAAGGAGGGCAACAGGCCAGAGAGGAGCCAAAAUGCAGACGCUGUGUAUUAAUCACGGGCAAGGGGAACGUGCUGGCGUUCGUGUCUGUUUGCUUUUAGCUGAGAAUGAAAAUGCAGCUCUGCUACCUGGACCCUGUUUACUGAGCGUCUCAGAAGAGAGAUGGGACACACAGCUGCAUACACAUGCACACACACACAGGAUUACUGAGCAUCUCAGGAGAGAUGGUACACACAGGCACACAUGCAUAUAUAUACAGGCACAUAUAUGCACACAUUACUGAGCAUGUCAGAAAGAUGGGACACACACAUGCACACACGAUUAUUUGGCGUCUCAGAAGAGAGAUGGAACACACCCACACACCUGCACACAUGCACACACACAGGGUUCUUUUCCCAGCAGCAAGAGCUUUCAGAGUAGUGACUCACAGAGGCAGAGAAUCAUCCCGUAAGUGUCAGCUCCAGACUCCAGUGGGGGAGGGAGAGGAACGGGUGAGAAGGCCCCCUCUGCCCUCCACAGUGUCCAUCAGGGCCUCCUUGACGAAGGGCCUGCUGGCACCUGGGGGUCACAGGUCUGAGUAUAGAGCGCACACCCACACCUGGAGACACGAGUUGCUCCCUCGCAGCCUCUGGGCCCACCCCCAGCUCCCUGACACAGCUGCGGAGCAGCCACUGGUGGGAGAGACUCCAGAGAGCUCCACUCAUUGCCACAGCCAGACGUGUGGUAGAGACAAGGCGCAAGCUUUUGGCAUGGAGGAAGUUAAGACUUGAUAUCCAGCACAGAUCACUCAAAGAGCAAAGGAAGUGCUAUGCGGGAGGGGUGACUCAGAGUUGGAGAGGGGACGGGGAAGCUGGGAGGAGUGGCACUAUAGAAGCAAGCUCCUUGCCAGAAAACCAGAGCACUGCUGGCUCUUAAAUCUGAGUCCGAGUUUAAAAAAAAAAAAAAAAAGCUAUGGGCAAGUCUGCCACGUGACCACAGCGGCAGGAAGUCGGGGCUGUUUGAAGGUGACUUCUGCUCUGAAUGGAGCUGGUCGUGCUGACUCAGCGCACGCGGUGGCUGCCUAACCUUGGUGGCUUCCAGAAAUGGUGGUUGAUGCCCUGAGCUGGGUAGGCUCAGCAUAAGAUUGGAAGAAACCAGUCGGGGACUUUAGGAAAGAAAUCGUAGGUAGACAUUGGCUGUUCUUAAAGGAAUCUGUAGGUAUUAGAGUUGGGGUUGGGACGUUAUUAGCCUGGAUAUCAUGAUGUUGGCGAGGAAGAAAGAAGGACUUGGUGGGGCAUGAGUUUGGGAAGUUAGAAUAUUAAUGUAAAUUAUAUGUAGGUGUACAGGGGCCUUCAAAAAGUUGUACCCCCAACUAAAUUUCUCUUAUUCCGUUUUCCAUGAAUUCUUCAAAGUCCUGUCAUGGGCGUGUGUGUAUGUACACACACCACAGUCAGGUACGUAUCUAUAGUACAGACAUUAACUAUGAAGAAGUCAAUGGCUCCAACAUAUUUUAAAUUCAUUAGAAGCAGUGGAUCAGCAGUUAUGUGACUUUCUUAUGACUGUUUAUUGUAGCUGUCAAAGUACCGGGAACAUGGCCGGUGCCCUCACUAGGCUAACCCUCUGCCUGCGGCACCGGCACCCUGGGCUCUAGUCCCGGUUGGGGCGCCAGAUUCUGUCCCAGUUGCUCCUCUUCCAGUCCAGCUCUCUGCUGUGGCCUGGGAAGGCAGUGGAGGAUGGCCCAAGUGCUUGGGGGCCUGCACCCACAUGGGAGACCAGGAGGAAGCACCUGGCUUCCUGGCUUCAGAUCAGCACAGUACACCGGCCAUGGAGGUCAUUUGGGUGGUGAACAUAUGGAAGGAAGACCUUUCUCUCUGUCUCUCUCUCUAACUCUGCCUGUAAAAAAAAAAAAAAAAAAAAAGUACUGGGAACAGUGCCUGGCACAUAGUAGGCCUUUGGUAAAGAUUCAGAAGUGGAAGACCCAGCUUGUCACUACUUGGUAGAAAUGCAAUUGUACCAUUGCCCCCAACCUGAAUGAGCCACAGAGGAGCAGGCUGGCCACACCCCCAGUUCAGCUCAGGGGACACCCUUGAGAAUGCUCAGAGUCUGUGCAGUCCUCAGCUAGCUGCAGGCCCUGGGUCUGGCUCUCUGGUUGUAGGCAGAGCUGGGAUGGUGCACACAGUAGGUCUGCACAUAUGUAGCCUGCACUUAGGUAACACCCAACAUGCUGUUUCUGUCUCUCUUUGUCUCUGCCACUUCCAUAUCCCUUGGGAAAAUGCUGUUGGACUUGUCUCCUGCACAUGUGAAUCUGGAACUGAAUGUAAAAAGGUUCUUGUCCAGCCCAUCUGGGCGGUCUCCUGAUUUCUUACCCCAGCUCCUCCCUCUUCCCACGACCGGAGAUGCCACCACCAUGUAAAAGCCUCGUGUUAGAAGCAGGCGCCUCCCAGCUGCUCAGCCUCAGUGAGCGCAGGAUAAGGAGGCACCUCCCUGGUGUUCCCGCAGAAGCAGAGGAGGCUCAUUCUAGAGAAUCAUCCCCCACCACUGCUGCUGUCUGGGCGGCUAACCAGAGGGUGCCCCCAGGGGCUGGCGUCACACCCCCCCGCCCCGCCCUGGGGUGGGGGAGAGGCCUGCAGUUCCUCAAGCUGCCUCAGAGAACUCUUGUUAGUCUAGAAAGUGUGUGUAUUUGCCCGAUGGACCAUGGUGUGUUCGAGCGUGACUCGUGCAAACUUAGAAUAUCUCAAGAGCAGUCUACAGAAAAAGGAACCCAAACCGAGUACAGCGCGAUGCCGUCUCAGUGGACUGGGGUGCCCGGAACGGCGGAGCUGAGACGAAGCUCUUGCCUCCGCCUCUGUUCUCAGCAAACCCUGCCUGGCCUGGCUGAGCUGCCCCCUCGAGUCCAGGCCGAUGGCAAGGGGUGCAGGGUGUCUACGUGUACAUAAAGACGUAGGAGGAUGGCAGGGGCCUUCCCGGGAAACUGCCGGGCUUCUGCCCACCGCCGGGAUCCCACCCACGCUGGAACCACAAACUCCAAAUUUCUAUCAAUUACGAUUCUCGCCGUUUCUGAGUAAUUUGUUAAAUGCCUAUUCAACACAGACAGAUAUUUAUUUUCAGCCUUGGCUUGUAAAUGCCUACAAACUGAUUCAUGUUGGUGGUCAUAUGACACUUUCUGUGAAUGGGUGAAUAAAUAUGAUUUUAGAAUUUCACAGUAAA